AAACAUCCUCACCCCAACAGAGUCAAAGGUGCUGGCUUUUCCCUCUAGAUACUGGCCAAGAAGAGGUGAGAAAGAACAGAAAGACAUCUAGGUAGAACCUAAGACUUAAUCCCAAUGCAAAUUCUUGUACCAGGAUGGAAGGUGAAUCAUACUACAAUGGGACCACAGUUAACAGCACCCUGGUAAAUCACCAGUCUUUGGAACGCCAUAGACUGUGGGAAGUUGUUACCAUCGCAGCUGUGACUGCUGUGGUCAGCCUAGUGACCAUCGUGGGCAACGUCUUGGUCAUCAUCUCCUUCAAAAUUAACAGUCAGCUCAAGACAGUUAACAAUUACUACCUGCUAAGCCUAGCCUGUGCAGAUCUCAUCAUUGGGGUCUUCUCCAUGAACCUCUAUACCACCUACAUCCUCAUGGGACGCUGGGCUCUUGGGAGUCUGGCUUGUGACCUGUGGCUUGCACUGGACUAUGUGGCCAGUAAUGCUUCUGUCAUGAACCUUCUGGUGAUCAGUUUUGACCGGUACUUUUCCAUUACAAGACCCCUAACAUAUCGGGUCAAGCGUACCCCAAAGAGGGCUGGCAUCAUGAUUGGCUUGGCCUGGCUGAUCUCUUUCAUCCUCUGGGCCCCAGCCAUUCUCUGCUGGCAGUACUUGGUUGGGAAGCGGACAGUACCACCAGAUGAGUGCCAGAUUCAGUUCCUCUCUGAGCCUACCAUCACUUUUGGCACUGCCAUUGCUGCCUUCUACAUCCCUGUUUCUGUCAUGACUAUCCUCUACUGCCGAAUCUACCGGGAAACAGAGAAACGAACCAAGGACCUGGCUGACCUCCAGGGCUCUGACUCUGUGGCUGAAGCUGCCAAGAGAAAGCCAGCUCACAGGGCUCUGCUCAGAUCCUGCUUUACCUGCCCUCAACCUACUCUGGCACAGAGGGAAAGGAACCAGGCCUCCUGGUCAUCCUCCCGCAGGAGCACCUCCACCACUGGAAAGCCAUCCCAAGCCAAUGACCCCAGCACUGACUGGACCAAAGCUGAGCAGCUUACUACCUGCAGCAGCUAUCCCUCCUCAGAGGAUGAGGAGAAGCCCACCACUGACCCUGUCUUCCAAGUGGGCUACAAGAGUCAGGAGAAGGAAAGUCCAAAGGAAGAAUUCAGUGCUGGAGAAACCAAGGAAACUUUUGUGAAAGCUCAAACUGAAAAAAAUAACUAUGACACCCCAAAAUACUUCCUGUCUCCAGCAACUGCUAAUAAACUCAAGAGUCAAAAAUGUGUGGCCUAUAAGUUCCGAUUGGUGGUAAAAGCUGAUGGGACCCAAGAGGCCAACAAUGGCUGUCGCAAGGUGAAAAUCAUGCCCUGUUCCUUCCCAAUGUCCAAGGACCCUUCAACAAAAGGCCUUGAUCCCAACCUAAGUCAUCAAAUGACCAAACGAAAGAGAAUGGUCCUGGUCAAAGAGAGGAAAGCAGCCCAGACCUUGAGUGCCAUUCUCCUGGCCUUCAUUAUCACAUGGACCCCAUAUAACAUCAUGGUCCUCGUGUCCACCUUCUGUGACAAGUGUGUCCCUGUCACUCUGUGGCACUUGGGCUAUUGGUUGUGCUAUGUCAAUAGCACUGUCAACCCCAUCUGCUACGCCCUCUGCAACAGAACCUUCAGGAAGACCUUUAAGACACUGCUCUUCUGCCGAUGGAAAAAGAAAAAACUGGAAGAGAAAUUGUACUGGCAGGGGAACAGCAAACUACCCUGA